AUGCCCGCCCUACGCACUCGCGAAACCCAAUCCCGAACACUAGACGUGACCGCGGAUGCACCUCAACCUCCCUCGUUCAACAUCGUAUCACCAACGCCACGCGCCUUCACCUUCCCUGUAACGAAUAACCUCUCAGACAGUCCUUACUCUUCGCGUUCAAACUCGCCUCUCGAGCCAUCCGACCUUCGUUCGUUCCCUUCGCAAUGUACAUUACCUUCUUCUUCAUCAUCGUUUACACCACCCCCAACAUACACCAGCACGGAGUCGCCAUCAUCAUCACCAUUGGCAGUAGAUCUCCAACGCAGAAAAUCAUCAAGUAGUGACAGCCCCGAACGCCGGCCAAAGAAGGGCGAGGAAGACUACAUCAAGCGUCCAGAGAACGCUUUCAUUCUUUUCCGACGCAAGUGCUGCGAGGAUCGCCAGGCCGCGCAGGACGAGGAGGCCGCUUCAAAAGGGCCGGCGAAGAAGCAGAGGCAGGCAGAUCUUUCCAAGACGAUCAGCCAGCAGUGGAAGAGCUUGUCACCCGAGGAGCGGAAGGAGUGGGAGAACCUGGCGAAGAACAAGAAGUUGGAGCACGAAAAGAGAUAUCCGAACUAUGUGUAUCGUCCGCAGAGAGCCAAGGAUAAGGAUGGGCGACCGAAGAAUGGCAAGAAGUUGAAGAAGCUGGAUUACGACGAGUCGGCGAGCAUGUCGUUCAUCGUUCCUGUUCCGCGUCCCCAUGGGCGUUCAGCGUCUGCUCCUUCUCAGCCUGCGUUCCAGUCUAUCCAGAUACCGAACGUGUACAACAUGGCGCCGUGUCCCACAUCUCCCUCGUUGCUACCGAUGAUUAGUCGACGUUCAGCGUUCCCGGGUCACCCUGAGGAUUCAGCAUCUUCAUUCGACUUCAUCCCGAACACCAACAACUCUUUCGUUCCCCCAUCAUACUCUAUCCCAGCACAGUUUGAAGCUGCCCUCCAGUCGUCAGAGUUCCUGAGAAGUAUGUUCGGCACAUCUGAUCAGCAACAAUCAAGCAGUGGGUCACCUCUCCAACAACUCACCAUGCAAGGAUCGACGACAGAGGCGCCCGGCCUCCUUCCAGCUCACCAGAUAGUCUCCCCGUCGUCUUCAGUUGGCUCGGGUUCCUCUGGACCCUCGUCACCGCUCUCCGGCCCAUUCACCCCCAACUCCAGCAAUCUCACGCAGAACUUCUCUCAUCUCACCCCAGACGCGUCGCUCGAAGCCCAAGCACAGGCUGAAAUCGACCUCCAACUGGAGAUGCAGAUGCAGCAAGAGUUCGCCGCGUUCACCUGGGAAGGAAACCACAACUCGAUCUGGUCUAACGAGCCGGUGAUCCUCAUGGGCGACGACUUCGACAUCAACGCGAUCCGACCUGUGGAACUGGAUUUGAGCUUGCCAAAGUAUACCGAAAGCGUUGCGAUUGCGCCUCCUCAGGUUUCUGGGCUUGACUUUGGGCAUGACUUCUCUCCCUCGUUAGACGCUGUGCACUAUCCGGACGAAAGUCGGAAUCUCGGGAUCCUCAACUUUGACGAGAUGAUGGCUGGCCACAGCUUCUGA